AUGAUCUCUAAGUUCAGGAAGCACCACCACCACCGGGGGCUCCGCCUCCCUGGCGGCGACCUCCGGUGGACUGCAUCUUCUGCAUCCGCCGUUCCGCCGCUGCACUCGCUGGCGGAAGCCCACUUCAGGAACCAACAGGCGGCAAACGACCACCUGAGCAGCCUCUGCAAGCGCCGCCUCCACCGGGAGGCCCUCCAGGCCUUUUACUCCUUCCAGCUCCGCCGGCCGCCGCUGAAACUCUACCCCAGCACCUACGCCCACCUCCUCCUCGCCUGCUCCGCCCUCAAGUCCCUCCCAGAUGGGCGUCGGAUUCGCCGCCACCUCGCGCAGUGCGGCGGCGUUCCGCCGGACGUGAUCCUUCACAACCACCUCCUCAACAUGUACGGCAAGUGCGGGGCCACGGAGGAGGCCGAGAAACUGUUCGAGGAAAUGCCGGAGAGGAACCUGGUCUCCUGGACCUCCCUCCUCACCGGACUCUCCCACAACGGGAAGGAGAUGGAAGCGGCGGCGCUCUACAGGGAGAUGCUCCGCUGCGGCGGCGUCUCCCCCGACGAGUUCACCCUGGGGAGCGUCCUCCGCGCCUGCGCCGCCCUCGCGGACGGUGAGCUCUGCCGGCAGCUCCACGUCCACGCGCUCAAAAACUCCCCUGCCGGCGCCGACCGCAUCGUCCAGAAUGCGCUCAUUGCAGCGUACUUCCGCGCGGGGAGAGCAUCAGAGGCCGCCGCCGUGUUCUCCAAGAUCAGGGACAAGGACCUGAUCUCGUGGGGAUCCAUUGUCGCCGGCUACUCUCAGCAGGGGUUCUACCUCGAGGCCCUGGAGAGCUUCAGGGGGAUGCUUGCAGGGGGAGAGCACUUCCCAAACGAGUUCCUCUUCGGGAGCGCCUUCAGCGCCUGCGGAGCUCUCGCGCGGCUCGGCUAUGGCGAGGAGCUCCACGGGCUGUGCGUGAAGCUCGGCUGGGCCGGCGACGCCUGCGCCGGCUCCGCGCUCGCCGACAUGUACGCCAAAUGCGGGCGGCUCGGCGCUGCGAGGAGGGCGUUCCGGCGGGUGGAGCUGCCGGACGUUGCCGCAUGGAACGCCAUCAUCGGCGCCUGCGCGUACGCUGGCGAGGCCGACGAGGCGGUGGAGCUCUUCUCGGAGAUGGUGGCGACGGGGGCCAGGCCCGACGACCUAACGGUCCGCUGCCUGCUCUUGGGCUUCGCGGGUAGCGACCGCCUGGUUCAGGGGCAGCUCCUCCAUGCUCACUCCAUCAAGCUGGGCUUCCUCCCCGAUCUACAAGUCUGCAACACGCUCCUCGCCAUGUACGGCAAGUGCUCGGAGAUCUCCCUGGUGUUCCACCUCUUCGGGGAGAUGAAGAACCAGAGCCGAGACCUGGUGUCCUGGAACACGCUUCUGUCGGCGUGCUUGCAGGAGAACCAGCUGGAGGAGGUCCUCCGGCAUCUUCACCAGCUGAUGAACUCCGGCCACCGCCCGGACCAGAUCACCAUCAGCAUCGUCCUCAGCGCCGGCUCUGCGCUGGGGUACCUGGAGAUGGCCCUCCAGCUCCACGCGCACUCUGUGAAAACCGGCUGGGAAGCCAACCAGUGGGUGACCAACGAUCUGAUCGACGCCUACUGCAAGUGCGGCAGCCCCGACGAGGCCCGGAAGCUGCUCCGCCGUCAAGACGUGGUGGCGUGGAGCAGCUUGAUCAUGGGAUACGCGCAGUGCGGCCGUGGCAGGGACGCACUGGCCCUGUUCGACGAAAUGCUCGCCGCCGGCGUGGAGCCCAACGAGGUGACCUUCGUCGGCGUCCUCUCCGCGUGCGGCAGGGCGGGGCUGGUGGCGGAAGGGCGGCGCGUCUUCGAGAGCAUGCGCGGGGGCUACGGCGUAGAGCCCACGAGGGAGCACUAUUCGUGCAUGAUUGAUCUCCUGGCUCGCGCCGGGUGGCUGAGCGAGGCGGAGGAGCUGAUGGAGGGAAUGCCGUUCGAGCCCGACGCGGUGGCGUGGAAGGCGCUGCUCGCGUCGUGCCGGGCGAGGGGGGAGCUGGGGGUGGCGGAGAGGGCGACGGGGAGGAUUCUGCAGCUGGAUCCGGGGAAUUCCGCGGCUCACGUGCUGCUGUGCGGGGUUUACGCUUCGCAGGGUCGCUGGGAGGAGGUGGCAGGGAUGAGGAGGAGGAUGAGGAGCAGCGGGGUGAGGAAGGCCCAAGGGAAGAGCUGGAUAAAGGUCAACGGGGCCGUGCGGGUGUUCGUAGUGGAGGACCGGUCGCACCCGGAGACGGAGAGGAUUUACUCCGUGCUGGUUGACCUCCGGCGAGAGAUGAGCAGGGCCCGGCAGGAAGCCGCCGCCGCUGCCGCCGCAGGGUGA